GUUGAAUCUGGUACGGCAAGCACAGUUUCCUUUCUAACAUUGAUACGCGCCUGUUUUUUUUUAGCACGACGCCCUGUAUCAUCGUCGCUCGGAAUCUUUCGAUGAUGCGCUAAAGACGAUCGUUCGCAUUGACGAGACUGGACUACAUAAAUACCGGAUGGAGUCCUUGGUUGUCUGCAGGAUCCGCACCGGUUACCUCCCCGUCCCUCUCUAUACAGUAGCCUUCGAUUUCUCCUCGCUUCUUGCAGUGCACUCUCAUCUCCCCGUACACGCGACGAUGGACGGCUUGCUAUAUGACGCAUACGGCCGUCAAUACGAGGCCGCCAGCAGCAGCAACGACACGGCAUCGAACCUGGCAGGAGCAGGUCGGACGAUGGACCUGAUCCUCUCUUGGGGAGGCCGACAUCUCUCCAACGCGAUCGCUCUGGCACUCAAGCCAUUCUUCACCGGCCCGUCGGGUCAGAUGACGAUCCUCCUAAAUGUGGCGACCAAUCGCGAAGGCCGUGAUGGUCGUGGGCCGCCGUCUCGGUCUCCCAAGGCAGACCUCUCCUUCGAUGAUAUAGUGCAAGCGUUGCUCGAAGCCGCGGCCGAAGAGCGUCCCGUGCCCGUGUCCGGAGCCAGACCGGAAGGGUGUGCACCGGCCCUGCGAGGAGGACACUGGACCUCUCAAAAGCGAGCCAUCAAAGCCGUCAAGAACCUGAUCCGCGCGCUUCAACUCGG